GAUGUCAAAGACUGCUAACUGCUAACCAGCCCAUGGAAAUCCAAAAUAAUUAUUUACAAUAAUUGACUUAAAAUUACACUGAUAUUGCAAUAAUUAUCACACAACCAUGGGACUCAACGAGGAAUGUAUUGUUUACUUAAUACUGCUAUUUUCAUGGGCAGAAUAUUUGUGGGAGUUAUAUUUGUCAUUGCGGCAGUUAAAAAUCUACAAAACAAACAACACUAUUCCUGAGGACUUGAAGGAGAUGUUAAAUGAAGAAUCGUUCAAGAAAGCUCGUCUGUAUGGUAUUGACAAGUCGCAGUUCAAGAUCAUAAAGGAAUUUUAUAGUAUAGUAUUAACAUCCGUAAUACUUUAUCAACGCUGGAUUGCUGUAGCAUGGUUUGAAUCAGAGAACAUUUCAAAAUCCCUGUAUGUAUCACCGGACAGAGAAAUAUUUGUGACUUGUGUCUUUAUGACCAUUGUGACACUGUUUAACUAUGUUAUAAAUUUGCCCUUUAAGAUUUAUGGCACAUUUGUACUUGAGCAGAAGCAUGGUUUUAAUAAGCAGACAGUAGGAUUCUUUAUUAAGGACCAGUUUAAAUCUUUGGUUCUGAGUCUCAUCAUUACCAUUCCAUUAGUAUCUAUUGCGAUUUAUAUUAUCAUGGUAGGAGGAGAUAUGUUUGUUGCUUAUCUUUGGUUGUUUACUACUGUGGUUUCUUUAUUACUUUUGAUGCUGUACCCUACUGUUAUUGCUCCUCUGUUUGACAAGUUUGUCCCUCUGCCUGAGGGUUCUCUAAGGAAAGGCAUUGAGGAACUAGCAUUGAAGCUUAAGUUCCCGCUCUCACAAGUUUACAUAGUAGAGGGAUCUAAAAGGUCUGCACACAGCAAUGCAUAUUUCGGUGGCCUUUUCGGUUCAAAAAGAAUUGUACUCUUUGAUACAUUGCUAGAAAAGUAUGAUGAAGAGAAAAAAACUUUGACUGGAUGUAAUGACAAUGAAAUUCUAGGAAUUCUAGCUCAUGAAUUGGGACACUGGAGUUGCAACCACUUGACAAAGAACAUAGCUUUGACUGAACUUAAUUUGUUGCUGUUAUUCUCUGCUUUUGGAGCACUUUUUAAGUAUUCUUUGUUGUAUACUGCUCUUGGGUUUCCAGCAGGGCAAAAACCUAUAAUUAUUGGUUUAAUUGUGGUUUUACAAAUGAUACUUGCACCAUACAAUUCAAUUUUAUCCUUCUUCUUAACAGCAUUGUCUAGAAAACACGAAUUUGAGGCUGAUAACUUUGCUGUGUCUUUGAAUUACCCCAGAGAACUCAGGUCUGCACUAAUAAAGCUUGGUAAAGAUAAUCUGGACUACCCAAUCUAUGAUAAGCUAUACUCAGCAUGGUACCAUUCUCAUCCUACUUUGUUACAAAGAAUAGAUAAUAUUAAGAACCAAUUAGUUGAGGAUAAGAAACAGAACUAAGUUAUUCCAAUAUGCAUUUACUUACAACAACCAUAUUUUGAAUAAGUACAUUUUUGUAUACAUGUUAUUUAAUAAUGGUAAAACUAGUCUUUUUGGGGGGUGGCAUUGGUCAUAUUUGGCCAAACACAUAUUGCAUUUAUUUUUUAAAUCAUAGUAAGUAUUAACAUUAUUAAUACAAAAAAGGCUAUUGUAGGUGGGCCAAGUGUAAUGCCAUAUUUACAAUAUAUAUUAUGUUGUUCCUUAUACAUAAAACUAACCUACUUUAUUGAGUGUCUUUUCAUAUUAAGUUUCUUUCUAUAGAAAACAACACAUGCAUUAGGCUACUGCAUUUUCGUGUAAGCUUCUCGGAUGGACUAGCUUUUACCUUAAUUAUGUAAGUACACCUCAUGGUAUAAUAAUAUACUCCGCCUCGCCU